UGGACGUUAGACUAUCUAGCUUUGAACAAAAUACCGUUGUUCUAUAUAGAUUUUGUACAUUUCAUCUACACAUACACAUAUAUACGUUUGGGAAAAGUUAACUUUAAAUAAGAUGAUUCAAUUACUGGUAUUGUAUUUAAUUGGUAUAACAUCAGCCACCGAUUGCCCAGACGGAUGGCUGGCCUUUCAUGGAUCAUGUUACCUAUUUGGUUCAGGAAAUAUUCAUUUUACCGAGGCCGAGGCAUAUUGUCGUCAACACGACAACAGUGGACUGGUUCAUGUAGAUACUCGAGAAGAGGAUAUGUUCCUUAAAGGUUACAUGGCGGAUCACUUAAAAGUUGAUAUAGACUAUUGGCUGGGGAUGACAGAUGAACUUGUUGAGGGAAUUUGGAAGUUGAAUGACGGAGACAAUACCGUAGCACCUUAUCUAGACUGGGCACCUAGCGAGCCCCAGGAUGCAUUCGAAGGUGAAGACUGUGCAAUGUUUGGCCACUUACUUAAAUUUAGAUGGGCAGAUGUGGCAUGUACUACAUCGAGGGCUGCGCUGUGCGAGUUAAGAGUUGGACAACAAAACGAAGUGAUAGGAUAAGUUACCACCUUUUAAAUACAAGAAGAAAAUGAUAUAUUGUUAUGAAUGAUAUAAAUGUAUCUAUUCUCUUGACAAAAACCUUCGCUUCAUAUAUGUUUAAUCUUUGAGGAUAAAAAGAAUGUUCUCACAAAACCUUGACUUUUAUCAAUUUAUUCCAUUUAUUCGUUGAAAACUUAAGUGUUUAGGAGAGCAGAGUAUUGGAAUUGAUGUUCUCCUGCUUUAAAAUGCUCUCUUUAAUAAUUAUGGAGUCGUAAAGCGAGGUGAAACGGUUUUUCUAAUAGGCAUAUUCUCAGAACCAGCUUGAUUUCUAGCAGAUAUUACCAGAUCAUUACUAAACCUUCAAUGUAACGUUUCUGUAAAAAUUGUGCGAGUUUAAAAAAUGCUUCUAGAAUGUGUUCCUUAAAUUAUAUGGGUCAGAAAAAUAAAUAGACAAAGAUGAAAAAUGAGAGGGUUUAAAAAAUGCUUCCAGAAUAUGUUUAUUAAAAUAUAUGGGUCAGUAAAAUCAAUAGUGAAUGAAGUGUACAUACAUCAUAUCUAUAAUGAUUCGUUAAAACAAUUUAAAUAAAACUUAUUCAUUCUUUAAAUAUUUUUUAUUUUGUACAUCAAGAAAACAACAGAGGUAACAUUUAAAGAUGCAAAGUUCAACGAUACGUAAAUUUCCUUUUUCGAAUAAUGUUAUCAAGUAACAAAUCAUUAGCUAUGACAUAAAAAGAUAUCGUUAGUAACUUAAAGGGACUCCACUGAGGUUUUUUGACAUGAUGGGACUGAAAAUAUUUUUUCCAGAUGAAGGUACCAUUUGAUGUAGGUGUAGACCACGAAUCUUUGUGCAAACUUUCAGAUCAUUCGCGCACUUCGUUUUUCCAUAAUAAUUAUUCAAAUUGUAAAAAAAUGACCCAAAAUGAAAAGCAUUUAAACGCUUUUCACUCAAAUUAGGUUAAGAAAGGCAUAAAACUACGAUUUUUGAUUUAUUUUAAAGUAUAUUAACUAUCUUUGCAUAUAUUUCUGUUUAAAGCGCCCCAGUUCAUUUAUGAAAAAAAUUCUAAUGUUAUGUUUUUAGGCUUUUAAACCUCAGUGGUGUCCCUUUAAAAAGUUAAAGUAAACAGUCCAACCACACACACGCAUGUACGGAAGCACAGAGGGGACAUUCCGAUUUUAUUUCAUUUGCCUUUCUCGUGGCCACGAGAUAUAACUUAGAAAAAAAUUUAUCUCGUGGCUACGAGAUACAACUCAGACAAAAAAAAUCGUUAUUUCGUUCCCACGAGAUAUAACUCAGAAAAAAAUACAAAAAACCCAACUAAAUUUGCUUUUUCGUACGGAAGCACCGAGAGGACAUUCCGAUUUUAUUUUAUUUUCCUAUCUCGUUGCCACGAGAUGUAACUCAGAAAAUAACAA